AUGCAGGAAUUUCACGUUAUGAUAGUACUGUAUCUUUCUGAAAAGUGGGUUUUUAAACUGGGAUUUGUGAGGAGUCAUGGUUUCUUUCUGAAAAGUAUUUCAAAUGAAUCUUUGUUGAACUUUUUUGCAUCCUUUUUUGUUACUAGUUUUUUUGGAAAGAAGGCUCUGUGGAAGCAUAAUGUCUAUGGGUUGGCGCCAAGUGUUGCAUCGGCACACCAUAUAUUGACGUAUGCUAAGAAUCACAAUGAUACUAAUCUAUUGGUGGAAGUAAUGAAACUUUUGAAGAGGAAUGAUUUACCAUUGCAACCGGGCACGACAGAUAUAGUUUUUAGCAUUUGUUACAAUACAGAUGAAUGGGAGUUGAUUAAUAAGUACGCGAAAAGGUUUGUUAAGGCUGGUGUAAAACUACGACAAACCUCAUUUGAUACAUGGAUGAGAUUUGCUGCCAAAAGAGGAGACACUGAGUCAUUAUGGAAAAUAGAAAAGUUGAGAUCUGAUUCAAUGAAGCAGCACACUUUGGCAACUGGGUUUUCUUGCGCCAAGGGCCUUUUAUUGGAACGUAAACCUAAUGACGCCGUUGCCAUCAUUCAAGUUCUAAAUCAGACUUUGUCUGAGGCCAAAAAGUCAGUCAUGAAGGAUGAACUUCAGAAACUUGUAUCCGAGUGGCCUUUGGAAGUUCUGAAGCACAAAAAAGAAGAGGAAAGAAAGACAUUAGCAGCCUCUUUGAAAUCUGAUAUCCUUGACAUGGUUACUAAUUUGAACACGGGACUUGAGGCUAACAUAAGUUUGGAAGACCUAAACCGAAAAGAGAGCAUUCCACAAUAGCAUGGGUUCAAGAUUUGAUGACUUGAGGUUUUAGAUUAUGCUUGUUUGAGGAGUGUCUCUUUAUCAAAGAUGCUGCACAUCCUUAGUUAGAUACAAAGUCUCUGCUCAUAGCAAAUGUUGAUUACUAGAUGGAAUAUGAUUAUUACUUUUUUGCUUCCAUUCUUCUCCCCAAGUGCUCAAGGCUUUGGUAGAUGUUGGUAGCAUGUUUUUCAAGAACUGAAAUCUAGAUGUCAGUAUGUGUGAACAAAAAUAAUGUGGCAUGUGCUUCUAGCCUUCUACUAUAAGAGGCAAGCAAUUCAUUUCUACCAAUACAAGUGAGGAUGCAAUCUUGUCCUUGUAACCUCGUUGGCUUUAUGUUACGAUCACAUAAGUUUUUAUUAAUUUAUUUUCAUGAACUUCACAAUAUAAGUUAGGAUUUCAUUCA